UGUUUGUGGACAGAUAAACACUGUUUCUCGUAUGAUCCCCAUUAUUUGUUUGUCAGUUAAAUGAUGGUAGUGAAGUCAGUGUCGUUGAUCGAAUUAAAAAAACAACAAUGGGCAAAAGAGAAAGAAGAGAUUGUAAAAUUAAACAGUUAUUGGAGAAAUCAAAACACACCUAUUGUUUUCAAUGAUCAAAGGGAUCAUGUUAUUUAUCCAGGAAUACGUCCAAGUGACAUUGAUCGUAUAACCGUUUACAAAGGUUUAGAAACCCAAAAAAAUUUAAGUUUUCCACCAAUUUCUCACGAUAAUCAAAAACAAAACAAUACCUACACUAAUAAAAUUGAAAAAGAUCUUAGUAUUGAUACUGGAGUGAUGGAUGAUUUUAAACCAAAAAGUACUCAUACUAUAUUAAAUCGGACAUACACAAUAUCAAAAGAAAACAAUACAAAUGAAGGAGUAGGUACUCUAGAAAGACAAAAGUGGGAUAAGCAAACUAAUGCUGGUGGGUUAAAUCCACCAAUCUUUAAUUCAAAUGAGAGAAAAUAUUUAACCAAUGAAAGAAAUGAAACACCAACAUGGGUAGAAUAUCCAUUAGAAAAACCCGAGAUUGGAAAAACACAGUUCCAAGAUACUCAUAAAGCUUCAGAUUUUGGAGGUAGCUGUGACACUUUAAGUUCGUUAGAUUCGAACAACGUUUAUAACAGGACUUACUUGUUAGGACAAAAUAUUCCAUUGACCACUGAAGAAUUGGCUGCUAGAGAAGUAAAAAGGCAAAAAGCAAUGGAACUUCAAGAAGCUAUAAAACAACAGUUAAAAGAAAGACAAUUAAAAAAAAAAGAAGAACUUGAAAAGAAAAAACAGGACGAUUUGGUAGAAGAACGACGUAUACAAAGGCAACAAGAAAUUGAAAGAAAACGGCUAGAAGACGAGAUGAAGCGACAACGGGAAAAAGAAUUGUGUGAAGAACGAAAAGCAAAAGCAAUGCAAGAAGUUUUAGAGAAUGCUCAAAAACAAGCAAAAGAGGACAAAUCCAAACACAUGCAAAAAAAAAGACAUAAUCAGGACGAAAUCAAAGAACAAAUUUCCACAGAACCUGUAGUAGUAGUUAGUAACUGCAAUGAACCUAAAUUAGAACCAAAAGUUUGUUUAGAACCUAAGACACAAUCAAACGCCCCGAAUAUAGUAGAAGUAAAAGAGAUCCCGAAGUUGCCGGAUGUCGACGUGACACUUCAAACUUCACCAUCCCCGCUAAACCGCCAAAAAUUGUUAACGCCGAGCAAAUUUCGGAGUCAGACUACUAGUGUUGCCAUACAAACGGAAAUUUUAAAGAAACCAGCAAAAUCUUCAGUUGGAAAUGUAUACCAAAAAUCUAUAGAUUUGGGCCAAAGGCCUAAGUGGGGAGUAAAUAGACCAGAAGUACAGUAUAUUAAACAAAGUGCCAAAGAUCCGAAUUACCAGUUGAAAUUGAAACAAAAGUCUCCAUGGACUAGACGGAUAAAUAAUGCAAAUUCAACAAAAAGUCAAUCAUCAAACGUAAACGGACGAACUGGAUUUACAUUUCCGGAUAAUUAUUCAAAAAAGACGUUUGGAUACGGCCGACCAAAUUUUGCAGAAAUGAAAAACAGUAAUAGUGUUUCAGAUAAAACUCCUUCAUUGUCUGAAAGCAUAUCGGUUAGUGAUGUGUUAUACCAAUUAUCGUCACUACGAAAAGUACUGGAAACCAAACGAAAACAUUGGAAAAGUGUUAUUGCUGAUGAAUCACCGUCAUCAGAUUCUUCGUGAUUAUUUAAUAUUAAAUUUAUGUAUAUUUAAUGUUACCAUUUUGGAGCAACAAAUAACAGCAUACAAUAUGCAACUAACAAACUAGUUAAUAUUUAAAUAUUAAAGAAUAUUAAUAACAUUAUUUUUCAUAAAAUAAUUGUAAUACGAGUAUAUUUAUACUAAAUUACUGUAAUCAAAAAUAUUUU